GUACUUUGGUUGGUUCGACGUUGAUUGCGUCCAAAUUCCAAAACAAUAAUUAAUCCAUUUUCAAACUUGUUUUUUCUUCUCUCUUCCUUCCUUCAUUCACCAAAGAAAACCCCGUCAAAUUCGGAGAUUUUAUAUAAAAAACUAAACCCAUCCUUUUCUCUGAUUCUCAUAUUCUAAUUAUACACCUUUUCUAAUUUCACCUUUGCUUUUCAUCAAACAUUUCAUCUACAAUAUCCCCUUCCCCUUUUCACUCCGCAAACCAUAUUUUUCAUUCCUCAAAUCAUUCUCUCUCUUCCUUCUCCAAUCCUCAAACCAUAUUUUUAUUCUUCAUAGAUGCUUAUUUUUAUUUGUUGCGAUAAAUUCUCGUGGUUUUCAUGGUUCCAAUGAUGCAACAGCAGUAUCGUAUGGAGCAAUAUGAUGAUAAAUUGAGUCAAAGUAAGGAGCGUAUGAGAAAACUGGAGGAAGAAAAAGAUAGAGCUGUGAAAGAGCUUCGAGAGAUUAAAAUGGUAGCUGAGAAAACCAAUGCUAUGGUUGAUGAAGUAAUAGCCACAAAGAGGACUGGAAACAAUAAUUCUGAUAUGUCGUUUAAAAAGCAUGAACAACAAUUGUCUGAUAAGGAUGAUUUGUUGUCGGAGUACAGAAGGAAGCUUCAGGAAUCGGAGGCGGAGUUGGAGAAGCGGAGAGAAUCGGAGACGAAUUUGUUUGAUACGUUGGUGGUGCAGACGAAACAGCUUGAGCAGAAUAAGAUUUUACUUGAAGAGUCACGGCAUGAGAUUUCUUGUCUUGAAGAGAAGUUGAAGACGCUUCAAUUAGGUGCGAACAAAAUGGAUGAUUCCGAGGAGAAGAAAGUGAAGGAACGAGAGUUGGCAAAGAAGAAGUUGAAUGAAAGUCGCGGGGAUGAGACCGUGGAAGAGGAGGGACUAUUCGCUUUGGAGGCGAGGAGUUUGGUAGAAGAACUGAAUUUGCUUAAAAGCGAGCUGAAAUCGGCAACUAAAGCGGAGGAGAAUAGCAAGAAAGCGAUGGAUGAUUUGGCGUUCGCGUUGAAAGAAGUAGCGACGGAAGCUAACCAAGUGAAAGCGAAACUAACGUUGAGCCUAGUUGAAUUGGAACACACGAAAGGUGACGCGGAGCGUUGGAAAGUGAUGUUAGAAACCACGGAAGAGAAGUACAAAGAGCUUCUGGAUGCGACGAGGAAAGAAGCGGAUAGGUUUAAAAACACCGCAGAGAGGUUGAGAUUAGAAGCGGAAGAAUCACUUUCUGCGUGGAAUGGGAAAGAAACUGAGUUUGUGACUUGUAUUAAAAGAGCUGAGGAGGAAAGGUUGCUUACACAGCAAGAAACAGCAAGAGUGGUUGAAUUGCUUAAAGAAGCUGAGGGUAAGAUAAAGAAUUCAAAAGAAGAGAAUCAAAAACUGCGCGAUAUACUAAAACAAGCGUUGAAUGAAGCUAAUGUUGCGAAAGAAGCUGCUGAAAUCGCGAAAGCUGAAAAUGCUAGAUUAAAAGAUAGUCUAACUUUGCUUGUUCAUGAGAAUGAGAUGUUGAAAAUUCAUGAAGCUGCGUCGUUCGAGAAUAUCAAAGAGUUGAAAAAAUUGCUACCAGAAACAUCAUCAAAAGAGUUUCGAAACGAAGAUAUCGAGAAAUAUUCUGCGAUAAAGGAAGGUAUAAAAGCAAAGGAGCAUAAAGAAUCAAAAAGUUUAAGCAAAACUUUUAGUCUGAAUUUGAAAGACAUGAUAACAAAUAAGCAACCACCCAAAGUGGUGAAUAAUGAAGAGGUUACUAAUAACAAAGAAAUCACAGAAGAUGAUACAUUGAAGGGUUCGAUAUUUGAUGAAGUGGAUGAAUCAUCUGAUGAAUCACCAAAUCAUGAUGUUGAUACGGGAGUUCCGGAGGAUUUUGAUAAUUUAGAUGAGUCAAAUUUUGAUGAUUAUGAAGGUGAUAGGAACAACAGAAAGAGAAGAGCAUUGCUGAGAAGAUUUGGUGAUCUUAUAAGGAGAAAAAGUACUAAUUUAUCAUCGGAAAAAAUCUUCCAAUGAAGAACAUAUACAAACGUAAUGCAGAUUCCAGAUUCCACAAGGACUAAAAAUAAAAUUAGGUUGUAAUAAUGUUGAUAUUGUUUUAGUUUGUGCAUUUGUUUAAUGUGUAUAUUAUUUCAAUGAUUGUACAGUUUGUAGUAGUACACCUAUUUUGAGACCUAGUGUUUUCCCUA